CAGUUAAAUAAAUGGCUCUGUAUUUCACCAAAGGAGAAGUUGCGAUAGUGACGGGUGCUAGUUCAGGCAUAGGGGCAGGUGUGGCAGUACGUCUGGCACAGUUGGGGGUCGGAGGAUUCUGUCUGACAGGGAGGAAUUCUGAGGCGCUGAAAGAGACCCAGAAACAGUGCGUGAAACAGUCGGAAGGCAGAAUCGAAACCGAAAAUGUUGUUAUUGUUGUCGGAGACAUCACUGAUGAGAAUGUGUGCGCCUCUAUCGUGAAAGAAACCACCGAAAAGUUUGGACGAAUUGAUAUUCUGAUUAACAAUGCGGGCAUAUUUGCGAUAGGGUUACAGGAUUCAACGCCUAUAGACCAGUACGAUCAAAUAAUGAAUGUCAACGUUCGAUCCGUCGUGUUCCUGACAAGGCUAUGUAUUCCCCACUUGCGGAAAACAAAGGAAAGAUUUUCCAAACUUUGAAAAUUUCAAAUUAUCAAUUUUUUUUCAAAUCUGAUAAAACUUUCAAAUCUGAAAAAAAAAAACAAUUUUGCAGCGUACUUUCAAAA